UGUUGUCUGGCGUGUAGCUGCUUCGUGACGGCGCAAGAAACGAUUAAACACAUGACAAACAAUCUGAGGUUGUUUUCUAGAGAGCUCCGAGCGAUGAACGCAGUAGUAGACAUGCGCCUUCACAAUCUCUCCUCUCAGGUCAUCAGGCGAAGGAAUAUCAGUGGCACUAAACAGCUCCCGAUCCUUCUGUUUGUUUUGGCAGUACAAAUAUCAGGUUCCCAAACUGCAUCUCUGCCUCCCUUUUUUGGGCGGAUCCUGACUGCACUGUACAGUCACGGAGGGGGCGGCAGGGCCUCGUGUACGGCUGCGGAGUUCAAGUGUAACAAUGGCAGGUGCAUCCCGAGGAAGUGGGUGUGUGACUACCAGAAGGACUGCCAGGACGGCGAGGACGAGCAGCAGUCUUGUCCCCCUCCAGAGUGUGAGGACGAGCAGUUUUCAUGCAAUGAAUACAAGUGGAAUCAUACUUACUGCAUACCCAUCUAUCAACGUUGUGACAAGAUAGAAGACUGCAGCGAUAAGUCAGAUGAGAGUGGAUGCUCUUACAGAGCCUGUCUGUCAGAGGAUCACAGUUGUGGCUCAGGACUGUGCAUCCCACCCACAAGAAAGUGUGAUGGUUAUUUUGACUGUCGAGAUGAGUCAGAUGAGACUGGCUGCAAUAUGACCUCAUGUACAAAAGACAAAUUUCGUUGUGUAGAAAAAUGUAUAGAAAAAUCUCAGAAGUGUGAUCACAAAAGAGAUUGUGAUGAUAAUUCUGAUGAAAACGAUUGUGAUUUUCCUGCAUGUCACGAAGAUCAGUUCAGGUGUGCCAACGCACUGUGCAUCCCUCGCCGCUGGCACUGUGAUGGCCACAGUGACUGUCCUGAUGGCUCAGAUGAACAAAACUGUACAGCCAUUGCUUGUCCAGACUCAAAAUUCUUGUGCACUCAGGAAAACCGUUGUAUUGAGAAGACAAAGCUUUGUGAUGGCAAGAAAGACUGCAGUGAUGCUUCAGAUGAAGAUACAAAGUGUUCUACAGAACAGUGUUCAAGUCUCGGGUGUGAGUAUGCCUGCAUUAAGUCCCUUGGCGGAGGCGAGUGCACCUGUCCAAACGGCAAACAAGUGUCGAAUGAUACGAGGACAUGCAUUGACAAAAAUGAAUGUGAGGAAUGGGGUCACUGUGACCAGCUAUGUAAGAACACAGACGGCUCCUUCAAGUGCAUGUGUGUGGAGGGCUUCCAGCUUGAGGGUGGGACACGCUGCAGAGCCAUUGUCAGAAGUGGCAAGCACCACGAAAUGAUGCUGUACUUUACUUUCCACGACAAAAUCUUGAAGAUUGGUGACUCAUAUGGGAGCACUCCUGAAGUGGUGACCAAUGCAACAUCAGCCUCAGGUUUAGACUAUCAUUUCAAGAGAGAUCUCCUCUACUGGUCAGAUAUUGAGACAAGAAAAGUCUAUUCCCAAAGACUACAAGGGUCAGGCAGCUCUGUUGAGACCACCUUGACUCUGCCAGGCUCCCUCACACCUGGGGCAGUUGCUGUUGAUUGGGUUGGUGAUAAGCUCUAUGUAGUUGAUGUCUUGGGCCAGAAGAUUGAUGUCUUUGAAAUAAUGGGCCGCUACCAUGCCAUCGUCUUGUCAAACAACAUCACUGAACCUCAAGAUAUUGGACUUGAUCCUACUGUUGGCCUCAUGUUUGUGGCCGACACAGACCGAAUCAUUCGUGCCAACAUGGAUGGAACAAAUCUGCAGGAGUUAAUUAAGGAUGUCAUCUAUAAGGCCUCGGGUAUUGCUGUAGAUAUUAUUAGCAAAAGAGUUUUCUGGUGUGAUUCUCUGCUGGAUUACAUUGAAACAGUGACUUACGACGGGAAAGGAAGGACUGCUGUUAUUCGAGGAUCAACUAAUGUUCCAGCUCCUAAUCGCUUGACAAUGUUUGAAAGCGACAUAUACUGGACUGAUAGCACUCGCCAAGGAGUCAUUCGUGUGGACAAGUUCAAUGGUCCCAAAACUAUCCAUGCAGUGUACAGAGAUACUGCAAAGACACAGGACCCAAAGGCAAUCAAAGCAGUUCAUACCUUAAUGCAGCCUCCAAAACCCAAUCCUUGCACAACCGCCAGUGGCAAGGGUAAUGGUGGCUGUGAUCACAUGUGCAUCGUGACACACGGAUCAGCGAACCUUGGCUUCCGGUGUGCCUGUGACAUUGGGUAUAGGUUGAAUGAAGACGAGAAGACGUGCUCAAUGGUCACAGAGUUCCUCAUGUAUUCACAACAGAGGUUCAUCAAGGGUCAAGUUUUGAAUCCAGUGUCAGAAAAUUUCAAUGAUGCAAUCAAUCCUAUUGUGUCAAAAGCUGGAAGAUUUGUUGGACUUGAUUUUGAUUAUCGGAAUGAUUAUAUUUAUUACUCUGAUGUGAGCUUGGAUGUUAUAUACAGAGUUAAAAGAAAAGGAACUGGCCGUGAAAACUUGCUAGCAUCUCAAAAUGAAGGAGUUGAAGGCCUGGCACUUGACUGGGUCUCCAAGAACCUGUACUACAUUGACAGCCGCAAGGGGACCCUCAACGUCCUUUAUACUGAGAACCCAAGCUUCAGGAAGGUCCUGUUGACUGAUCUCAAGCGUCCGAGAGCAAUUGUUGUUCAUCCUAACAGAGGGUAUGUCUUUUAUUCCGAGUGGGACCGCCCAGCUAAUAUCAGCCGUGCCUUUCUUGAUGGAAGCAAUGUCAUGGUAUUUCGUAAUGUACUUCUUGGCUGGCCAAAUGGUCUCUCCAUAGACUAUCUCACCGACCGUAUCUAUUGGUGUGAUGCUCUGCUAGACCAUGUGCAGCAUGCUAACCUAGAUGGCACGGAUGUACAGACUAUCAGCUCGCAGAGUAUUAGGCAUCCCUUCUCCCUUGUCAUUUACAAUGACUGGCUCUAUGUGACAGAUUGGCGCAGGGAUGCAAUUUUACGAAUGAACAAAACAGAUGGUUCUCAAGAAAAAGUUGUUGCAGAAGUUGCUGAAAGUAAUCGCCUGUAUGGUAUUCGUAUCUAUAGCUUCAAGGCCCAGGAGAUUCAAGCAGGACAUCCAUGUGGAAUUUCCAAUACAUGCCAGAAAUUCUGCUUCCCAAUUCCUGGUGAGGAACUUGGAAAGCUACAAGCUAAAUGUGACUGUCCUAUUGGAGAAAAAUUAAAUGCCGAUGAGAUGACUUGUGCUGCUGAUCCUGAUGCUGAGCCUGUAGAAGUCUCGUGUGCACCCUGGGACUUCACAUGUGCCAAUGGUAGAUGCAUAGAAAAAACAUGGGUCUGUGAUGGGGAUGAUGACUGCCUUGAUAAUUCUGAUGAGGAGCAGAAUUGCACAGAAGCCACCUGUCGAGAAGAAGAGUUCCAGUGUGAUUCUCGAAAGUGCAUUCCCAGCACUUUUAGAUGUGAUUCAGAUAAUGACUGUGGAGACUUUUCUGAUGAAACAGGCUGUGUGAAUGUCACUUGUGAAGCUUCUUACUUCCAAUGUGAUAAUGGCCGCUGUAUACCUGUGAACUGGAAAUGUGACUCUGAGAAUGACUGUGGUGACAGCUCUGAUGAAGGAGAUUUUUGUGCCAACAAGACCUGUUCAUAUUUCCAAUUUACUUGUCCCAGUACAGGAGCCUGCAUACCCCAAGCCUGGGUAUGUGAUGGUGAUAAUGAUUGCUAUGAUAAUAAAGAUGAAGAGGGUUGUCCACCUAUUGCAUGCACAGCAGCUCAGUUUAAAUGCAACAACCAGAAACAGUGUAUUCAUGAAUCAUAUAAAUGUGAUGGAAUACCUGAUUGUGAUGAUGCUUCUGAUGAACUGGGAUGUCCCACUGUUGGACCUGAUGAAUGUAUGGAAGAAAAUCAAUUUAAGUGUGAGAGAUCUGGUAUCUGCAUCCCCAAGAGCUGGAAAUGUGAUGGAAAUGCCGACUGUGAAGAUAAUUCCGAUGAGCCAGACACAUGUGGACAGGUGUCCUGCCCCAACACUGAUUUCAAGUGUAAGAAUUCUAAAUGUAUAUUCCACGCCUGGUUAUGUGAUGGUGAGGACGACUGUGGCGACGGCUCUGAUGAGGACAAUGUGGAGGCGUGUGGGCGGCCAGUCUUUAGAUGCGAGUCUGGGAAGUGGAUGUGUGAGGGAGUGUUGAACAGCUGCAUUAACGUGAGCCAGGUCUGCGACAACAAAAGGGACUGUCCAAAUGGAGCAGAUGAAGGUCCUGGCUGUGCAGAACACAGCUGUGCUGGGGACAAGGCACUGGAGUGCUCUGUGAGAUGUCUGCAAACUCCAAAUGGACGGGAGUGCAUAUGCAAUGAUGGUGAGAAGUUGGUGAAUGGCAGUGCUACAGAUUGUGAAGACAUCAAUGAGUGUGAUCCCCCAGGCGUGUGCUCACAGAAAUGUACCAAUACAAAGGGGUCGUACAUGUGUUCCUGCAAUGCUGGAUACAUCUUGGAUACAGAUAAGAGAACCUGCAAAGCUACCAAUCACAGUGAGGCUUUCUUGGUCAUCAGCAACAGACGCAGCAUCUUAGUAGCACAUCUGCACCGGCGCAGUUUAGAACGAGUACCCGUGCACGUUGAAAACGUUGUUGCAACAGCCUCUGACAUGAAGAAUGGGACACUCUUUUGGUCUGAUAUGAAGGCCAAGCAAAUUGUCAAGUUGGAUAAAGGAAGCAAUGGAAACCAGCCCCAAGUUCUAGUUGGAAGUGGUCUGGACUUAGUAGAAGGCUUAGCAUAUGACUGGAUCACUGGGAACCUGUACUGGGUUGACUCUCGCCUCAAUGCCUUGGAAGUUUCUCGCCGUGACGGCACACAGCGCAUCAUCCUGCUCAACAAGAACAUCUCUCAACCCAGAGGCUUGAGUCUUGAUCCACUGGAAGGUGCUCGCUGGCUGUUCUGGACAGAUUGGGGUGAAAAUCCUCGAAUUGAACGUAUAAGCUUGAGUGGAGAGCUACGAUCUGUCGUUCUAAACACCAAGAUCUUCUGGCCAAAUGGUCUCACUGUGGACAUCCCAAAUAAAAGAAUAUAUUUUGCUGAUUCAAAGCUUGAUUACAUCGACUUUUGUAAUUAUGAUGGAUCUGGAAGACAACAGGUGCUGGUACAAAGUCAUUAUUUGUUGCAUCCUCACUCCCUAUCCAUCUUUGAAGACACCGUUUAUUGGACAGAUAGGCAGCUCAACAGAGUUUUGUCAGCACAUAAAUUCCGUGGUGACAAUGAGACAGUUGUGUCCCACCUCGUGUCACAGCCUUUGAGCAUACAUGUUCAUCAUCCAGUGCUUCAACCCAGUGAGCCAAAUCCCUGUGCCUCCAGUCCAUGUGCUCACCUUUGCCUCUUGAAACAUCCAUCUGGAUAUUCCUGCCGUUGCCGUCCUGGGUAUAAACUCCAAGGAGGAAAAUGUAAUAGAGAGGACACACCCUACCUUAUGGUUAUGAAGGGAAGUCAAAUUAUAGAUGUUGGACUUGAUAAAAAUGAAGCAAAGGGUUCAGCAGGAUUCCUGACGCCCAUAGUGGGAUUGGAAAAUGGCCUAGAGCUUGACUAUGACCGCAACAAUGAACGUAUAUUCUGGGUGGAGGCCACGGCAAAGGAUAGUGAAAAUGGAACAAUCUAUACAAUGAGCAUCGGAGGUGGAAACCGCUCCACCUACAUGGAUCUGGGCAUAUAUGGAUCUCCAUACACAAUGGCUUGGGACUGGGUAGGCCAGAACAUGUAUAUCGGAAAUCGUGUUGCUAACAACAUAGAAGUUCUCAAGCUUGAUGGCAAGAAUAAAUACCAGAGUGUUAUUCUUGACAAUAAUGGCAGUGAAACAGGUGUAUCCCGACCCAAAUCUAUGUGUCUGGAUCCUGUGGAAGGGUACCUCUACUGGUUGGAUGACGGUGGUGUCCGUGUGCCUGUGAAGGUCGGGAAGGUUAGGAUGGAUGGCAGCGAGUCGUCCAUAUUGCAUCGCUUCCAAGACACACAGCCUGAAUUCAUCACAAUAGAUAUCACAGCCAAACAACUUUAUUGGUCCACAAGCAACAAAGCUCAGAUAAUGACAAGCGACAUUUAUGGAAGAGAUCGGAAAACUAUACUGAGUGAAGAAAACAACAUUGCCAUGCCAAGAGCAGUUGCUGUGUAUGAAAGCAGCCUGUAUUAUGUUGACUCCUUAUAUGAAAAAGUUGAACGUGUGGACCUGCCUGAUGGUGGCAACCCCCAGGUGCUUCUUGAUAACACACCUGACCUGAAGUCCCUGAAGGUGUUCUAUAAGCGGCCAGGUGAGAUGAGCGACUUAAGUAUUACUCACAACAACCCCUGCUUGGUUGCAAAUGGUGGUUGUGAACAUAUCUGCAUACCAGUGAUCAACAAGCAACGAACAUGUAGGUGCACGACUGGCUACAAAGCUGAUGGGGAAAAGGGAUGCAAGCCUUAUGAUAAAUUUGCCAUUGUAUCUCAGUUGGAGAUGAUGCGAGGCUACAGCUUGGAUGGCGCUGGAGAGGCCAUGACUCCCGUUGCUGGCACAGGUCACAACAUUCUACAUGUAGAUUAUCACUACUCCAAGAACUACAUCUAUUGGAUUGAGUUUAAUCAAGGCGGCUUCAAUGGUAUCUACCGCUCCAGACCAAAUGGUUCAGAUCUUGAAGGUGUUGUUGUUGAUGGCAUUGGCUCUAAUGGGAUCCGGGGCAUUGCAAUUGACUGGAUAGCAAACAACAUGUACUUCACCAAUGUUUUCCCUCAUGAGACAUUUGUUGAGGUGUCCUGGCUUGAUGGCACAAACCGAAUGGUUCUGAAAAGUUUAACCAAGGAUUCUCCAAGGGAACUUGCAGUUAAUCCAGUGAAAAGGUAUUUCUACUGGCUUGAUUAUGGACAGUACCCAAUGAUUGGACGAGCUUAUCUUGAUGGAACAGAUUGGAAGCCACUUGUCACCACAAGAAUUAGUAAUCCUCGUGAUCUCACCAUUGACAUGUUCACCCAUGAUGUGUAUUGGGUGGACUCCACACUUGAUGCCAUAAACAAGGUCAGCUUCAAUGGUGCUAACAGGCAGUUCAUCCGACGGAAUUUGGCAAACCCCAUGGGCCUUGCACUCCACAACAACUAUGUUUACUGGAUUGAUCGCAACCUCCGGACUAUUUUCCGAGCUUCCAAGUACCCUGGCAACACAACGCAACCUGAGCGCUUCAAGACCAACUUGGACAGUCUGAGGGACAUUGCUAUUUAUGACAUCAGCAACCAGCCAUCCAAAGCUGAUACUCCAUGUACAAAGCUGGGCAAUGGAGGAUGUGCUCAGUUAUGCUUCUCCUUCCCUGCUGAGCUCUCCCAGUCUGUCAGGUUCCGGUGUGACUGUGCCUCUGGUGUAUUGGCAGAAGAUAAGCGAACCUGUGAAGAUUCUAAGGAGUACAUAGUUUUUACAACCAAAACAGAGAUUCGCAGUCUCGCACUCAACCCUGAUAGCAACACUGUUCCAUUUGACACAAUAAGUGGCUUGAUCAAUGUUGUAGGUAUUGACUUUGACUAUGGAACAAAGGAAAUAUUCUUCACACAAAUAAGACCAGACACAAAAAUUGCCAAACUUUCAAGCAUGUCACCCACAGCCGAAAAAAUCAGUGUUAUCUUGGACGAAGGCAUUAACCCAGAAGGCAUAGCUUAUGAUUGGACAUCAAAGAAAAUCUACUGGACUGACUCUGCAAACAACAGCAUCUACUCCAUGAACACUGACGGCACUCACAUUGUUAUGAUCAUCCAGGUGGAGCGGCCUCGUGCCAUCGUCUUGGAUCCAUGCCAAGGACACAUGUACUAUACUGACUGGGGGAGGUUUGGAACUGCUGGCAAGAUUUAUCGAGCAACAAUGGCGGGAUCCUACAGAAAGGAGAUAAUUGGUGAUCUUGCCCAACCAAGUGGAUUGGCCAUUGACUAUGAUGAAGGGAUGCUUUACUGGACCGAUGCUGUGAAUGAGAAGAUUGAAAGGUCCUACUUGAAUGGAACCAAUAGAGAGGUUCUAGUGUCUGCAACCAUCUAUCCAUUUGCCAUAACAGUUCACAAAAACUUUAUAUACUGGACUGAUCUCCAGCUUCGAGGAGUUUUCCGUGCUGAAAAGUACACAGGAGGAAACCAGGUUGAAAUGGUUCGUCGGCUUGAAGAAUCACCGAGGGACAUUCAUGUGUACUCCCUUGAACAACAAAAGUGUGAAACAGAUCUCUGUGCAAUCAACAAUGGUGGUUGUGCCCAGUCAUGUCAUCCAAGCGUUGAUAAAAAGCCUGAGUGCAAGUGUAAUGCAUCACUGAAGUUGGUCAAUGAAAACAAGAUGUGUGUGCCCUUGAACUACAGCUGCAAUGCAAACAAUUUCUACUGUGCAAAUGGAAAGUGCAUCUCCCGUUUGUGGGCCUGUGAUGGAUCUGAUGACUGUGGAGAUAAUUCUGAUGAAGACAGGAACUACUGCACAUAUCACACAUGCAGUCCAAGUGAGUUCCGCUGUAAGAAUGGUCGUUGCAUCUUCUCUACUUGGAAAUGUGACCACGAAGAUGAUUGUGGUGAUGGUUCAGAUGAGGAAGGUUGUGAAUAUCCUCCGUGUGCCGAGGGAGAAUUCACGUGUGCCAAUCAUCGCUGCAUCCCAAUGUCUCAGGUGUGCAAUGGUGUAAAUGACUGCAAGGACAAGCAUACAUCUGAUGAGACAAGUGAACGCUGCCCGAGGGUUACAUGUCCACCUAACCACCUCAAGUGUGAAAACACAACCAUCUGUGUUGAGCCGUACUGGUUGUGUGAUGGUGAUAAUGACUGUGGUGACAAUUCAGAUGAAAAUGAACUUCACUGCUCUGAUCGAUCAUGCCCUCCAAAUAGCUUCAGGUGCCCCAAUCAUCGCUGUAUCCCCGGCACGUGGCACUGUGAUGGUGAUGAUGACUGUGGAGACGGUGCUGAUGAACCUGAAGAGUACUGUGAACAGGAGGGUCGAACCUGCUUUGGUGACCUCUUUACCUGUGAUAAUGGCAACUGUGUGCCAAAGAUCUACAUAUGUGAUGGAGACAAUGACUGCCUUGAUGGCUCGGAUGAAGGAGACAGACAUGAAUGCAAUAACCGGAAGUGUGAUGAAGAAACAGAAUUUACUUGUGAUGCCAACAAGCAGUGGGGCCGUGCUAUGUGUAUCUUAAAGAAAUGGGUGUGUGAUGGUGACCCUGAUUGUGUGGAUGGUGCAGAUGAGAACUCCACAGCCUUACACUGCCCCCCACCAGAAGAAUGCGGAGAAAAUGAAUUCAAGUGUAACAAUGGACGCUGCAUUAGUAAGGACUGGGAAUGUGACUUUGACAACGACUGUGGUGAUGGCUCAGAUGAAGGCAUCUCAUGCAACCAGAAGUAUCGUGUGUGCACAUCUGACGAGUUUAACUGCAGCAAUGCCAAGUGCAUUCGAAAGUCAUACCACUGUGAUGGAGAAGAUGACUGUGGAGAUAACUCAGAUGAAGUUGGGUGUGGACCAGAAAAGAAAUGUGAAGCUGGAGAAUUCCAGUGUAAUAAUGGAGAUUGCAUUCCAAUGAAGCUCGUUUGCAACAAAGUCAGUGAAUGUUCGGAUGAUUCUGAUGAGCCACUUCACUGUAAUGUUGAUGAGUGUGCUAAAGUGGAACUCCAUCAAUGUGGUCACAAGUGUAUCAACACCAUCAUUGGCUUUGAGUGUGCAUGCAACACAGGCUACAAGUUGAUGGCUGAUGGCAAGGCAUGUGAAGAUAUCAAUGAAUGCAUAGAAGUGCCUGGAGUUUGUUCUCAGAAAUGUUUCAACACACCAGGUUCAUACAGCUGCAAGUGUAAUCAGACCUAUUACGACCGGGAGCCUGACGGCCACACAUGUAAACGACGUGAUAAUGCUGAGCCAUGGGUAUUCUUCACCAACAAGUAUUACGUUCGCAGGCUGACAACAGAUGGAUCACAGUACCUCUUGAUGCAUCAAGAUUUGAGAAAUGUUGUUGCCUUGGACUUUGAUAAUGAGGAUGAUAUGAUAUACUUUGCUGAUGUGACAGCCAAAGUUAUAAAUAGAGCCAAAAUAAAUAGUACUGAGAAGGAAGUGAUUCUCAAACAUGAUACUAAUGGCUUGGAAGGUCUGGCCAUUGACUGGGUAGGACGAAAAAUAUACUGGCUGGAUAGGCACAGCAAACAUUUGGAUGUGGCAGAGCUGGAUGGCACUAACAGGAAAACACUGAAAUCAAGUGGAAUCAAUGACCCAAGAGCUGUAGCUGUUCACCCAGGCAUUGGUUAUGUGUACUUCACAGACUGGCAUCUUCAAACCUAUAUUGGCCGUAUUGGUAUGGAUGGGUCAAACUUUUCUCGCAUCCUCAACUUUGACGACAAAAUCAUAUGGCCCAAUGCCCUCACAUUUGACUACUUCACAGACAGAAUUUACUGGGCUGAUGCUCACCUCGAUUACAUUGCGUAUGCUGACCUUGACGGUAGAAACCGCCACGAGGUAAUAAGUGGUGCACGAGUACCUCAUGUCUUUGCUAUCUCUGUAUUUGAUGAUUACAUGUACUGGACAGACUGGAAUCUGAAGGCUAUUCUGAAAGCCAAUAAGUUCACUGGUGAAGAUUUCCAGUUUCUCCGCAACACCACGCAUCGACCAUAUGACAUCCACAUAUACCACCCUUUGCGGCAAAUACCUUACAACAACCCUUGUGGAGAUGAUAAUGGUGGCUGUUCACAUUUAUGCCUGCUGUCACCUGCUAAUGGAAAAGUGAAAUAUACAUGUGCUUGUCCUGACCAAUUCUACCUGAAUCAUGACAACAAAACAUGUUCUGCGAACUGCACGAGGGGACAGUUCCGUUGCUCAGGGAAGGAUGAGAAGUGCAUCCCUAUUUACUGGAAGUGUGAUGGAGAGAAGGACUGCGAGAGUGGAGCAGAUGAACCCUCUGGUGACUUCUGCCCUGAACGCAAGUGCCGAUCUGGACAGUUCCAAUGUCUUGAUGGCCAAGGAUGUGCUGCUCCAACACAGCUGUGUGAUGGACAGAAUGACUGCCGUGACGGAUCUGAUGAAAGCAACUGCCACUUGGAAUGUACUGAGCUUGAAUUCAAGUGUAAAACUACUGGCAAGUGCAUCAACAUAGCCUGGAAGUGUGAUGGAGACAAAGAUUGUCGUGAUGGGUCAGAUGAAGAUGACUGUCAUAACCGGCGAUGUGAUGAAGAGAGAGAAUAUAGUUGCCAUAAUGGAAAGUGCAUCUCAAAGCAAUGGUACUGUGAUCUGGACAAUGACUGUGGCGAUCAUUCUGAUGAACCAGCUUUCCUAUGUCGCCAGUUGAACUGCACAGAAGGAUGGAGAAGAUGUCCUGGGCGAACUAACUAUCGGUGCAUUCCUGAGUGGCUGUUUUGUGAUGGGAAAGACGACUGUCGGGACAGUACUGAUGAACUCCCAGAGCAUUGUCCAAAAUGCCAUGAAAAUGGAGACUUCCAGUGCAAAAACAAACGUUGUAUACCAAAGCGUUGGCUUUGUGAUUUUGAAAACGACUGUGGUGACAAUUCUGAUGAAGAUGAGGAAAUGUGUCGUAGCCAGUACAGGGAGUGUUCAGAGAGUGAGUUUAGGUGUGGAAACAGCAAGUGCAUACCUAGCCGGUGGCGUUGUGACCAUGAUAAUGACUGUGGGGACAAGUCUGAUGAAGAAAACUGUGGGGAUCAUAAAUGCCGGGUUGGGCAGUUUCAGUGUUCUUCUGGCCACUGCAUUCAGAGUCAUUUCCGCUGUGACGGUGAACGCAAUUGCCAUGACUUGAGUGAUGAGUUGGAUUGUCAACCUCGUUAUCCUGGGGAACGUUACUGUCCAGCCGAGAAAUUCCAGUGUGAUAACCAUCUAUGUGUGGAGAUGCGUGACCUCUGUGAUGGAAGCAAUGACUGUUAUGACAAUUCAGAUGAACGUGAGAGUUUAUGCAGUAACUACACAUGUAACACGCUGCGACGAUUCCAGUGCAACAACCACAAGUGCAUCCCCUUAUACCAGAAAUGUGAUGGAAUAGAUAACUGUGGUGAUGGCUCAGAUGAGAACAACAUGACCAUAUGCUCACAUCGACCACGACCAUGCAUAUACAAUGAAUUCCGCUGUGCCAAUGAAAAAUGUAUUGAUGAAAAGAAACUUUGUGAUCAUGCAGAUGACUGUGGAGACUCCUCCGAUGAACUUGGUUGUCAUACUGCAUCAAACUGCACAGUUGGAGGUUGUGAACAGAAGUGCUCUCAGCUCCAAGGUGAUGGUUUUGUUUGUCACUGCUUACGAGGAUUCAGAAUCUCUCCAAACAACCCCAAAAGAUGUGAAGAUAUUGAUGAAUGUGCAGAAUUUACACACAACUGUUCACAGCUUUGCACCAAUCUCAAUGGAACUCAUGCUUGUUCCUGCCGUGAAGGCUUUGAAGCCAAAAUCAAUGGAGUUUGCAGACUAAAGGAAGGUUCUGUUACUCUGAUUUAUUCUGACAGUCCAGAAAUCCGAACCUUUAACAUAACAUCAGAUACAGCAAACUACGUCAUUAAAGGUGACAGUAUUGAAUCCUUAGAUUAUGAACCAAAGUCUGGCAUUGUAUACUGGACUGAUUCCUAUGGAAAGACUAUUAAACGGUCAUACCUUCCAGGUUCUCCUGAGAGAGCAAAUGUAACCAUGGGUUACGCUCAGAACUUAGAGAUAAAAAGCCGAGCAAAACCAACAGGUUUAGCAGUUGACUGGGCAGGAAUGAACCUUUACUGGAGUGAAACAGACCGUACAGGAAAUAAACCCCGGGGAUCUGUUUUGGUUGCUACACUUGAUGGACGCUACCGUCACUCAGUUAUUGCCACUGGCUUAGAGGUUCCUACAUCUAUUGUUGUUGAUCCAGAUCAUGGGUACAUGUUCUGGACAGACAUUGGUUCCAUUCCCAAAAUUGAAACUUCAUGGAUGGAUGGCAGCAAAAGGCAAAUCCUUGUGUCAGAUGCUAUCAGCCAACCAACAGGCCUCUCUAUUGACUUUGCCAUGGAUCACACAAUAUACUGGGUAGAUGCAAAGCUAAACAAAAUUGAAAUGAUGCGUGAAGAUGGUUCAAGAAGAACACUUGUAGCUUCUGGAAACUAUCUGAAACAUCCUUUUGCACUGGAUGUGUUUGAGGCCAGCAUAUACUGGGUUACUCGAGACACUGGAGAAAUAUACAGCAUGGACAAGUUUGGAAGAGGGGUUCCAGUCAGGCUUCCUGGAGAAUUUGCUAAACCAUCAAGUAUUAAAGUGUUUGCUGACAAGAGAUACAAUACCAGUACAAUGAGCAUAUGUCAGAGAGAUACACCAUGCAGUCAUCUGUGUCUCCUAAUCCCUGGUGGCUAUAAAUGUGCUUGUCCAGACAACAAAGGUGUCAAGAACACUUACCAGAGCUGUGAUGCUCCACAUGAGCAAAUCAAACCAAAGCCAUUGGGAUGUAGGUGCUUACAUGGUGGCAUCUGCAUACCAAACAACACCAGUGCACUCCAGUGUGAAUGUCAAGAGGGUUACUCAGGUGAACUUUGUGAAAACUACGUGGCAAGAAGCUACAUUCCUCAACAACCUUGGUCCCCAGCAACCGUUGUUGUGCCCAUAAUCCUGAUAGUCCUGGUGCUGGCAGUAUUAGGUGCCCUCUACAUUUUCUUCAACCGUAGACAUAUAACUCUGAAGGGCCGUGGACUUCCUGGUUCCAGUGUGGUGUUUAGACAAGGCACUAACGUGGAAAUUGGACCACCUUCCUUUAUGGCACCAGCCGAGGGAUCAAAUGGGGUGCCACUAGAAGGAGAUGUAGGCCUUGGUGAGAUGGCGAAUAAGAAUCACAACUUUAGCAAUCCUAUGUACGAUGCUAUGGGGUCCAUGGAAGGAGCUGCACCGGAUCAGUCAAAUAGCAAAGGUUUAUAUGAAGUGCCUUUAGAUACCAGCAAGAGUAAGAAUUACAACUUAGAAAAUCAAGAGAGUAGUAAUGGUGCAACUCAAGCUCCUCCUCUUGCUGUUCUCUCACCGUCGGCUAUGAUGCAAAAAGCUUCACCAAAUAUACAGAUACGUAAAAAGGAGCUAAGUCCAUCCAGUAAUGACACUGGAAAGGAUACGCAGAAACUGGUAGUGGAAGACGAUAAUUCUGAAUGCUAAGACUGUAUGCAGUGUGGUGUUUUCUGCAGGACUUACUAGCUAUGACAGUGUUACCACUACCUGUGCUUAGGGUUGCCGUCCCACAGUGAGUUUUUUACUGUAAUAAAUUACCAAAUGAAUACAUGCAACUGCUGUGCCCAGUGUGAAUACUACAAGCUUGGAAGAACUACAUUGUUGCCAUUCAAUUUAUGAGGAAAGUAACUGAAAUGAUUUUUUUUACAUUGAUGUUUCAAUCAGACAUGGUGCUGAGUUUCAUAAUUGAUAAGUAAUGUGAUUGAAAGUCCUAAUGUCUAGGGUGACGUGACCGUGACCACUGCAUGGGAAAUAAACUCAGUUCAUGGCACGAUGUAGAUAAUAAGUAAACUAUAUUUUUACACAAAUGUUUGGACUCAUUAUAUUUAAUUGUUAUGAGAAAGAACUGAUAUUUUAGGGCUGAAGCUGGUGUGGUUUACAGAUACUUUAUAGUGACAAAUUUCCUAUUUAUACCAUAUUAGAAUAUUGUUCCUGUAGCGGCAUUGAAAAAAAUAUUUCAUAUAUAAGAGGACACGUCUAUUUUAUAAUGAACCUAAACCGUCCAUGAUUAAUGUGUAUGAUACAUUCCAUAUGGUAGGGUUAUUACUGUACUUAUUUAAAAUGCCAUUAUGUACAUUUCUUUCAAACUACUGUUAAUUAUGGUAUAGUGAUCGUAAGACUGUACUACCUUGUGUUUUCUAUGAAUUUGUUGGUAAAGUAUCGUGUAUAUAAUUAUAUAAAAUGUAAAUAUUACUUGGAUACUCUAUCAUAUACUUUAUUCCUCAACAUUUGAUAUUAAUUAGGAGUUAAAGUUAUUAAAUGGCCUGUCAAA